CCCCAGGCUACGAAGCGACAUCGAAAUCUGGCCAAAUCGACCUAUACUCACUAAAUUUGUGCAUAGGAGAGACCACAAUGGCAAUCACAAACGAACCGUUCUAUCUCAGAUACUACUCAGGUCACCAAGGUCGAUUCGGCCAUGAAUUCUUAGAAUUCGACUUUCGUGUGCUCGGAGAUGGCCGGAGCGCAUCUGCACGUUAUGCAAACAACUCCAACUACCGCAACGAUUCCCUCAUUCGAAAAGAGAUGUGUGUCAGUGAUGCGUUGGUGGCCGAGAUCAAGCGCAUUGUCAAGGACAGCGAAAUCUUAAAGGAAGAUGACACGAAGUGGCCCCAAAAGAACAAGGACGGUCGACAAGAACUCGAGAUCCGACUGGGUAGCGAGCAUAUUUCCUUUGAGACUGCGAAAAUCGGCUCGCUCCAGGAUGUACAGGACUCAUCAGACCCAGAAGGCCUACGUGUUUUCUACUAUCUCGCCCAAGACCUGAAAGCCUUGGUCUUCUCGUUAAUCUCGCUACACUUCAAGAUCAAGCCAAUCUAAGUCUCUCCCCUGAGCGGGUAGCGUUGAGUUACUCUUUUGCUGGGGGCCAUGUCAUUGUGAUCAAAUUACAAACGCACCAUGGACCAUGACAUGGACCAAUCUGCGGGGUAUGGCGUAUGGAGUCUGCUGCUGGGUCUUGCUCACGGCUGUCACGCCUUGCAGGGCCUGUGAAACUAUUGAGGAACAAGCAUGGCGGCAGCCAGGAAGUGUGAUUGAAGGGUUCUGAGCAAUUAUGGGGGCCAGGAGGCCAGGAGGCAUUCAGUGUAUCACUCUUCGAGAGCAACUCGUAGAGGAUACAACACGGUCAAAGCUACACUCUUCAUGUCCAUUAAUUCGAACAUGUCGUUGUCGUUGUCGAUAUCGUUCUCGCUAUAGCCCACAUCUACCAAAGGGUUCCCCAUGAGGCUAGCGCGCUUCCUUCCCCGC